AUGAGCCGGCAAUGUGUGCUUGGAGCCCAGAAGGCCAAGUGCAACCUGGGCUGCAUCAAAAGAAUUGUGGCCAGUAGGUGGAGUAUCAUUUUUCCUGUUGCCUUUGUCGUUUGCAGGUCACUAGAAGGACUGAAAACAUUCAGUUACUUGGAAGAGCUGAUCUUGGACAACAAUCUACUCGGAAAUGACCUUCUGUUACCCAAGUUACCCCACCUCCAUACCUUAACGCUCAACAAGAACCAAAUAACAGAAUUAGAAAGCCUUUUGGAUCAUUUGGCUGAAGUUGUGCCCUCACUACAGUAUCUGAGUUUGCUUGGAAACAUGGCCUGCCCAAAUGAACUGGUCUGCAAAGAAAAGGAUGAAGAUGACUACCAGAGGUACAGAUAUUUUGUCCUGCACAAAUUGACAAACCUGAAAUUUCUUGAUACUCGGAAAGUAACCAGGAGGGAGAGAGAGGAAGCCUUGGUAAGAGGUGCCUUCAUGAAAGUGGUUAAGCCCAAGGAUGCUAAG